UUUACAUUUGAAUAUAUGACUUACCUGCUGCAGUUGGCUGCAGUGAACCAGAACCCUUCAUGCUAUUUAUCCGAAAAUGCAUCUACUUCAAGGCCUGAUGGUUUACUGCCCAAUGGAGGAUCUUCUUCUGCAAUCAUCAGUGGUGGUCCUGCAGGAAAUCAGAAUGUCCAACUUGGCAAUGUUCCAUCAAAUUUUAGUGGGAGGUUGGAAGUUCCGGCAAGCAUGUUAUCUUCAAAGAACUCACUAAUGGGAAGAAAUCACAUGAUGAAUGGUACAACAAUCAAGACAGAGCCUAGCUAUACAACCAAUUCUGAGUUUGCGUUUACUGGUAGCAGUUUCUUGGAGACUCAGCCCACACUUGAUCCACUUGGUGCAUCCUUCAGUGGUCCUGAGUUGACUGCUCAAGCACUGAACGAACCACUUCAGGAUAUCGAUUCAUCUCCUUAUGGCUUUUUAAGUCAUAUUCCUCGAAACUUCAGUUUUUCAGAUUUAACAGAUGGCUUUGCUCAGAGUGCCGUUAUACUGGAAAGUUAUGAUAGGUCACCUUUUCUUGCACCUGAAGCAAACAACUUUACAGGAUCUCCUGGAGUAGAAUGCAAUGAAGAAGAGAGGCGGCUAGAUACUAUAUCUGAAGGUGUUAGUUAUGAAGAAUUUGGAAGUGACUAACAAAACAGCUAGUUCAAGAGUUAUCCUUUGAUGAAGCGCUUUGUUGGAUUUAUGCACCAAUUUGACUGCAGAAUAGACUUUUGUACAUAAUAAGUUGUGUGCGAUGCUUGAACGUGGCUUGGUGCUUGGAAGCUGAAGUUAUUUCUAAUGCUUGUUUUACUCUAUCGUGUGAAAUUUCUGUUAGAUUUAGCUCUUUAGAUAAUAUAUGUCCUGCUUUGCAUCCCCUAUAUUUUAUGAUAAUACAUCAAGUCUCUUAAGGUCCAAAUUGGUUCCUUUAGUGGCCAUAGAUUUUAGAAUUAUCUGCAUCAGUCCUUUUGUUUUUUCAUGUAAUCUACUGAUUUGUUUCAGGAAGAUAAGUUUCCAGAUAUAUAACAGAAGUUGUUUGAAGCUGGAAAAGCAUUCUGUUUUACUUGAUUGUUACCACUUGUCUAA